AGGAAAGAGCAGCAGAGAGAAAGAUAAUAAAUCAGAUGAGCGAUAAUCAGGUUAAUAAAGAGAGAAAUAAAGGUUUUUGCAGCAGGAGGUGAACGUUUCCGACACAAAUGGAGUCUGAGGAUAACAUGGUCAACAUUUUCGUGCUGAUGCUCAUCGGCUCUCACCUGACUGUGGUGGGUCCUGCUGCCCCUGAGGAGGGCUGGCAGGUGUAUAGUUCGGCUCAGGAUUCUGAAGGUCGAUGUGUUUGUACAGUGGUCGCUCCUCAGCAGACGGUCUGUUCAAGAGAUGCCCGAACCAAACAGCUCAGACAUCUGCUGGAGAAGGUUCAGAAUAUGAGUCAGUCCAUCGAGGUUCUGGACCAACGUACCCAGAGGGAUCUUAAGUUUGUUGAGACAAUGGAAGCUCAGGUCAAGGGUCUGGAAAACAGAUUCAAAGAGGUGGAAGACGGACAUGAGAGCAACAUCGCCAGGCAGUAUAAGUCUAUCAAAUUAAAGAUGGAGGAGUUACGUCCCCUGAUUCCAGUCCUGGAGGCUUACAAGGCAGACAGUCUGCUGGUCCGUCAGUUUAAAGAGGAGGCGGCAAAUGUUACUGAGCUACUGGCAACACUGCAGGAACAGCUGGGAGGUUUGGACUACCAGGAGCUCCACAGCAGAGUGAUGAGCCUCGAGGACCGGCUGAGGGCCUGCAUGCAGAGGUUAGCCUGUGGGAAGCUGACUGGAAUAUCUGAGCCAAUCACCAUCAAGACAUCUGGAUCAAGGUUUGGAUCAUGGAUGACUGAUCCAGUUGCUCCGGCAGGAGACAACAGAGUGUGGUACAUGGAUGGUUACCAUAACAACCGCUUUGUUAGGGAGUAUCAGUCAAUGUAUGACUUCAUGACAACAGACAACUUCACCUCUCACCGCCUGCCUCACCCCUGGUCUGGAACCGGCCAGGUGGUUUAUAAUGGAUCCAUUUACUUCAACAAGUUUCAGAGUCACACCAUCAUCAAGUUUGACUUCAGCACUUCAGUCAUCAGCCGUUCCCGACAGCUCGACUUUGCCGGUUACAACAACAUGUACCAUUACUCCUGGGGAGGGCACUCUGAUAUAGACCUCAUGGUGGACGAGGGGGGGCUGUGGGCUGUCUAUGCCACCAAUCAGAAUGCUGGAAACAUUGUCCUCAGCCAGUUAAAUCCAAACACUCUGCAAAUAAUCCGCAGCUGGACCACCAACCACCCGAAACGCAGUGCUGGCGAGGCUUUCAUGAUCUGUGGAACCCUCUACGUUACUAAUGGUUACUCUGGAGGAACUAAAGUUUACUACGCCUACUCCACCAACUCCUCCACCUACGAGUACAUUGAUAUUCCUCUUACCAACAAAUAUAGCCACCUGUCCAUGCUCGACUACAACCCUCGAGACAGAGCGCUGUACGCCUGGAACAAUGGCCACCAAGUCCUUUAUAACGUUACUCUCUACCACAUCAUACAGUGAGAUCAAUUUAUAAUGUUACUCUCUACCACAUCACACAAUUGAUCAAUUUAUAACAUUAAAUUCUACCAUAUCAUUCAGUUAGAGUAAUUUAUAAUGUUACACUGUAUCAUAUCAUACAGUCAGAAUCAUUUCCUCCACUCUACCACAUCAUACAGUGAGAUUCAAGGUGUCCUGUUCAGUAAAGCUGGAGAAUAAAUCCAUACUCUUGAUAAAGCGUCACGUUCUCAGACACGCACAUAGUCAGAGGCAGAUGAUUAUCAGAUUUGCUCCUCUGGGAAUGAGAGCUAUAUGGUAGUCUAGUUUAGCAUAAUGAUUAGAUUGGGGAGAAAGUGCUAGCAUAGCACCAUCAAGAACUCUGACUAAUGGACAAAUGCUGCUAACCAGUCAACACUCAUGCCUGUAUGCAGCUUGUUUGUUUAAUGCUAGGGGUUAAAGACAGCAGACAGUUUUCUCCUGUUUCCAAUCUUUGUUCUAAACUAGGAGAAACAUUUCCUUGAUCUGUCUUUACUGGAGCACUUCCCCAAAUAUAUGACUGUUAACAUCCAUCUUUGAACUGGUUCAUUAAAUGAAUAUAAAAUUUAAUUUCGACCACCUGUUUUGUUAUGUUGGUAACCAAAGUAUUUGACACAAAUGCACUUGAAAUGUAAAAAACUGACACAGUCACAAAGAAGUGAAACUGUAUUUCACGAUAAUGUACACAGAAGUGUUUUUAAUUAUUGAAGGUGCAAAAAGAAUGCAACACUUUUUUUCUGUGGGUGAUAUUUUUCUGAAAUCAGUUGUACUGUUCUUACUAUUAAGUAAUAAUUAUAAUGAGUAAUAACUCUUUUCUUACUGUUAUGUAAUAUUUAAUGAUACAAAACAUUUACUGCAGUGUUUGUAUUUAGAUAAUUCCCUCAUUUUUCAAAUCUGUUGUCGUAGGUUUAGCAGGGCUACCCCGACAGUUUAUUUCAUAUGGAAUCAACACACUCUAAGCAUGCGGAAGAUGUUUAACCCCAGCAGCCUCUAUCACACACUUGGGGCCUCAUUUAUAAAUGUUGUGUAUGGACAAAACAAUGCCCAGAAAGAAACAGCCAUAUGCCACAUCCCAUGCUAAAUUUGUAAGUUGUAAAAGCGAACUUGACAAGAGUACACACCUAAACUCCAAGCCAUGUGUACAAACAUUUUGGAGACAGGGAAAAUUGAUGAUAGAAAUGGUUAGGUGGUGAGAUUAAGCGACUUGAUUUCAAUUGAUAUGAUACGUCAAAUAUCCACGUAAUGAAACAUUCAAACCAGCGGGUGUUAUUUUUGCUACCUGAAAACUGAAAGACAGUUUUAAUGGCAAUCACAAAUGCAUUUAGAUGACCUCCACAGUCUAUACUUCUGCACAUUUCAGCAUUAUGAUGUAGUUAAAUACAAGUUCUAGCUGACUCAACUCAAAUUAUGUUAUAGUAAAGUAACUGUAUUACACUUUCAUAACUUUAACAAUGAUAUGUCAGUAUUGCAAUGAAUUGUGUGAAAUAAAACCAUAUAAGUCUGGUGAAAGUUGUGGCUUUGAAAGAACUUUGUAGACCUUUUUAUGAAUUGUCCUGAUGAGCAGGUAGCUGCUGCUAACACUGUAUGAAUGGGUGUGUGAAUGGGAGAAAGCUAAUCUCUGUCAUAGAGCACUUUGAGUAUUUGCUGAAACUAGAAAAGUGCAAUUUGAGUGCACGCCUUGUAAUGUUUUAUAGUCUUUUGUGCACAAAAUUUAGAUCUUCGAGAAUACACUUAACUCAAGAUUUAGUAUCCCUGUGACAUGCAUUUUGUUGCUAUUCUUAAGUUUUCCAAUUCAAUAUUACUAUUGAUUGUGUAUUUUAUUUACUUGUUCACAUUAGGCUAUGAGAAAAAGUUUAAUCCUGAAUAUCUUCAGAAAAUAUGAGUGUUAUUACCAAAAUAUGUUCACAUCAAACGUCAGACAUUCCGAGUUUUAUUUCUGCAGUGUUUAUUGUUAUACCGCAUGAAAAAGUGUGUAAGUGUCAUCGAAGUGUCUCCAAAAAGCUACUAGAAAGUCAUGCACAGUCAUUAUGCUCCAUUUAAUCAUAAGUAGUAAUUCUAACACCAACUUCGCCAUAACUAAAUCAAAAUACUUAAACAAGUUUCAUGUAUGAAAUGGUAAAUUAUUAAAUGAUUUCCCUUGACGAGGAUUACCACAGAUUAUUGUGGUGUUGUUGGCAAAACGUGAAGCAGUUAGUGUGAUUGCUGUUUACAUACAUACUUUGGUGAUAUUUGUGCAUGAUGAAGCCACUGGCACUGUUGGAGGACAAUGUAAAUGGAGUAAUUCAAAAGAAAAAUGUUUUUCUUGUCAGUUGUUGCCAUGACUCACUGUAAAUAACCAUUUAAUUCAACAUUCAUGAAGUGCUCACCAUUUAUGUUUCAUUGUGGGUGUGAAGAGGGCAGGACAUACGGCUCACCCACAUGUGCACCUUUCCAGGUUGUUUUGGGAUUAACAAUAGAAAAGAGUGCUGUGGUGGGUGUUGGCCAGUAUGCAUAAAUCAGAAUACUUGUAGGUUUACAUUAAUUUCCUUGUGUAUGCACACAAAUAUGUAGUGUUGAAUUUAUUUUGAAAUUCAUAAAUUAUGUGUCUGAUCCUCUAUUGUUGGUUGGAGGGUGAAAGAAAAUGUUUGUCAGGAAUCAGAUCAUGUCAUAUCACUGAAGCUUCAACACACACACACAUCUUAUUUAAUGCAUCAUCUGUCAGUGCUACGUAGGUAGCAUAGGUAUAUUUAAGGAAUGUUUGUUUGGUGUUAAGACAGUUGAUCACCAACUACAUGUUAAAGUUAUUUUUCCUGUCUUUAUUAACAUCUAAAUCCUUUUGGGCUUCUUAUAUCAUCACCACAGUAGGAAUUAUGAAUGGCCAGCAGCCCACCAGCACCAUCAUCUCCAAGACAGAUUUUUCUGUCUAUGGGCAGUUUGGGUUUCCCUCAGCGUGUCAGUGUGAAAGAUUCAGAAUUAUUUACUAGACAGGAUAAAUCCAAUACAAUGCCUCUCUGUCCUUGAAAAAGGGUAAAACAUCUGAAACUUUGCAUUUCAUUCUAUACAAUCAUUACAUCAGGUAUGACCUGUUACAUUCAGAUGACUUGAGCUUUUUUUGGUUCGUCUUUUUUCCUGGUUUUGUCAUUGUUGUCAUUUACAAACCACUUAGAUAGUUAUUCUGUGCAAUUUUAACUUCAGUGUAGGUAUGUAUGAAUGAGGACAGGACACAAAAAGAAAAUAUGGGAUGAUUUUGAAUAUUGAGUUUAACUUUAACAUUAACAUAAAUUAUCUAUAUUUCUGUGUUUUGUAUUUCAAGAUAUCCUAACUGUAUUUGAUGUCAGAUAUUUUUUGUCUACACAGUGAAUUAGUUAAUAACUGUUAUUUACUUAUGAAAAUAGCAUAGAUGGUCCAAAACAAUACGAAAGACGACAUAAAAUGUGGUAUUAAACAACAGAUUGCAUGUAAACACCAGUAACCUUAACUGCUGAUGUUUUUUUGAAUAGUAAUAUGACACAGAAGGUUGUUGUUGUUGUUUGUUUUUUGUAUAAUAAUGAAAUAAAGAGGCACUACUUGAU